CGCAGGCCUCCACGCGACCACGCCGCGGUUUUGCACUUCUCGCCUUCUCUAAUCUCUUUGCCUCCCUCCACCACCAGUCCACCACCACUGCUACCCAACCCUCGCUUCCCCAAACCCUAGCCAAGGGACACGGUGGCCGGCGAUGGACGGCGACGGAGGAGGCGCUGGUGCGCUGCACCACCACACGCGCUCACCCGAGGACGUCUUCCGCGAUUUCCGCGCGCGCCGAGCCGGCAUCGUCAAGGCGCUCACCACGGAUGUGGAGAAGUUCUAUCAGCAGUGCGAUCCAGGUUGCCCUCCUGUGUAUGAAAAAGGAAUGAGAAGUAACAUAUGUUAGUAGAAGGAAUUACAAAUUGUCUGAAGAAGUGUGAAGUGGAGACACGAUAAAAGUCAGAUGCAGACAUCAACGAUGACCGGCCUAAUAUUGCUCAAUGUCCACAACUAAACCUGACGUACAUUCAUGGAAAACGGUUAUGAGUAAAGUUGCUUCUAGUCAUCAUUGCAGCACCCGUUUACUGGAUUAGCAUUUUCUAAUAGCAUCCUUGGUCUGCUCUCUACUGAUGUUCAGUAAUAUGCCAUAUUGUUGACAUGAACACAUCAGAUUCCAUAUUUUUUUGUUUUGUCCCGUUGACAUAGUGCUUUCUUUCUUAUGCCAGAGAAAGAGAACUUGUGCCUUUAUGGUUUGCCAAAUGAGACUUGGGAGGUCACUCUUCCAGCUGAGGAAGUACCUCCUGAGCUUCCAGAACCAGCACUGGGGAUAAACUUUGCCCGUGAUGGAAUGGUCGAAAAAGACUGGUUGUCUCUAGUUGCAGUUCAUAGUGAUGCAUGGCUCCUGUCUGUUGCAUUCUAUUUUGGAGCUCGUUUUGGAUUUGACAAAGAUGCCAGGAGAAGGCUCUUCACCAUGAUUAACAACCUGCCCACUGUUUAUGAAGUUGUGACGGGGGUUGCUAAGAAGCAAUCGAAAGCCCCCAACGGCAGCAGCAAAAGCAGCAAACCUAACUCUAAACCAUCAAAACUGACCAAUUCUAACAGUAAGCCCGCGAAGCCAGCCCACCCAAAAGAAGAGGAGGACAGCGGCCGGGAGGACGCAGAGGAGGACCAGGCGUACCUGUGUGGGUCCUGUGGGGAGAGCUAUGCGAACGGGGAGUUCUGGAUCUGCUGCGAUGUGUGCGAGAAGUGGUUCCAUGGCAAGUGUGUCCGCAUCACCCCUGCCAAGGCGGAGCACAUCAAGCAGUACAAGUGUCCCAGCUGCAGCACCAAGCGGAGCCGAGAAUGACGGCACCCUGGGAACAGGACCUGCUCCCAGUUAACGGAAGCAUUUUAGAAUCAUUAGGAGCUAUGAAGCGGUGUCAUUAGAACCGCUUCACCUGUUUAGCGUACCGGUGCGCGUGCCGGCUGUUGUAUCUUCUCUCGACGUGUGUUGUAAACUGGGCAGGGACAUGGUAGCUAGUGGUGAUGUGUUGUGUUAGCAGGCUGACUGCUGUCAUCGUAGUGACGGAUGAACUGCUGGCGUUUGGAAACUCGUGUUCGGUAAUUAAGUGCUGCUUAGUGUGAUAAUUUCCUCCGGUUUA